AUGUUGAUGAAAACAGCGCUGAUUGCCCUUAUGGGCAUGACGGUCAUGGUCGAGGCCACCAUCCUUCCAAUAAACGCCGUACCUAUGGGCAAGAGGUUGGAGGCUAGACAGAACAGGGGACAGGGCCAGAAUCGCGGCAAGAACAACAACCAGAACAACAACCAGGGGAAGAACAACAACCAGAAUAACAACCAGGGAAAGAACAACAACCAGAACAACAACCAGGGAAAGAACAACAAUGGCGGCGGCGGUGGCGGUGGCGGUGGCGGUAAUACCUGUCUGCAGCAGAAUGUUAUCAACACGGCAUCUCAAAGCACCGGCCAGCAGGGCGGCAACAUCGAGGCUGGCCAGGUCGAGUCCAAGACUGACAACGCCAACUUCAUCAACUUCUGUGCCGGCAAGACAAUCACCAACGGCAAGCAAAACAGGGCCGGUUCUUGCAACCCAGUUACCAUGGGUGAAAUGCCGGCCGCAAGCAGGAUGGUCUCCACUGUCAUCCUGAACCCCAAGAACGGUGACAAGAUCCCGGCACAGCAGUCAUUCAACGUCCAGGUCAAGAUUGCCAACAUGAAGCUUGGUUCAUUCACCAACGCUCAAACGACCUACUACACGGCUCCCCAGCAACUUGAGGGCGGCGUCAUUGUCGGCCAUACCCACGUGACCAUCCAGGAUCUUGGUGGCAGCUUGAACCCCACCCAGCCCCUUAACGCCGAGCAGUUUUCUUUCUUCAAGGGUAUCAACGAAGCCGGCGAUGGCGCCGGAGGUCUCCAGGCCGCUGUUGAUGGUGGUCUGCCCGCCGGAAACUACCGUCUGUGCUCCAUGGCUGGUGCGUCCAACCACCAGCCGGUUCUGAUGCCUGUUGCCCAACGUGGUGCUCAAGACGACUGUGUUCGUUUCGAGGUCGUCAACGGCGGUGGCGGUGGCGGCGGCGGCAACAACAAUGGCGGCAACAACAACGGCGGCGGCAACAACCAGCAGGGCAAGAACAACGGCGGCGGCAACAACCAGCAGGGCAAGAACAACAACCAGCAGGGGGCCAAGAACAACAACAACCAGCAGGGCAAGAACAACAACAACCAGCAGGGCAAGAACAACAACCAGGGCAGGGGCCGUAACACUGUCGGAGCCGCCAACGCGCCGGCUGUCGAGGACUCUGGUGACUCGGCUCGUCCCUUCCGUGUGAACGGGGAGACCUUUGUCAACCGUGCGGCCGCUGUUCAGCGUGCGUGCGCCAUCCAGAACAACGCCUGCUCCGACGCCGUCAACAACGGCGGCGGUGGCUCCUUGGAUGAUUGCCGCAAGCAAGAGCAGGCUUGCAACGCCAACGCAUAA